UUACAGGGGAUUGGAAACUGCUAUUGAUAUAUGUCUGUUCAUAUCAUUCAUUCGUUCAUUCCGAUAGUGAUAUAUUUUGGAAUUAUUCAUUGAAACCAUUUAUGCGUAACAAUGAGUAGCCUUUCAGUGCGACGUUCUCAAAGGCAUUCAUGUUCUGCUUUACCAACGAUGAAUAAUAACAGCAGCAAUGUUAAUAGCAACAACAGUAGUAGUAGGGACAAUGCUGAUGGACCAGAUAGAUCGUUUCGAAGACGCCGAACCACUUCGUUUGGUAAAUUAUCACACUUUUUUCAAACUGGUAGUAUUGGCGAUUCAGGAUCAGUUCAUUCAGCAUUGCUGGACUUGUCCACCACAGGAAAAUUGAUGACUAAAAUCGCCGAGUCACAACGUCGUGGUGUAGAAUCAUUGGCUGCAUGGGCGCAUAAUGCAGGUAAUGCAGCUAUUGAUGAUGUAAUGCAACAAACCAGACAACUAUAUGAAAUAUUCACCGAUAAAGAACUGCAUUUUGCCCGCCAAUAUACGCAUUAUGUGCAGCAACUGCAAAAAAUAGCAGAUGCACAGCGAGCAGUAAAGGAUGCUGAAGAAAAUGUGAAGGAUUUGGAAGAAAAAGAAAAGAAGUUGAAACGAGAAAUUGGGAAAGGCACUUCGUUCUUCAGACAGCGCCGCGGUGGUGACAUUUAUUUGUUGAAACAGAAACUUGAAGAGGUCAAAGCUUCGAGGGAGCAAGCUGAACAUGUUUUGUCCGAUCUUCAUGCUGAAAUGGAGGUUGUGAAAAUGUUUAGAUUUCGAAAUGGUAUGCAGGGCAUAGCAGAUGCUUACCUAGACUUCGCGCGGAGUUGUAAGGCUAUUUUCAGCUGUCAACGUGAAAUAAUCGAAAUGGUACCGGCAGUUUCAAAUCAGGAUGUACGCCAUAUGAUUUACCGUGGAUCUCCAGUAACUAGAGAUCGCGUAGAGAAUUUGAGGAGAUCUUUGCAACAUGGCUUAACAGUUUCGGAAAAUAAUCCAUGGCCUAACGCUGCUGUAUCAAUGCCAAAACGACGAAGUGAACCGAAACUUCAGAUUUGUCACUCUCAGAAUAACUCUCCUCCACCGCCAUAUACGUCUGUUGCUACAUCUAAAAACAUGUCACCCUCAGAAUAUCCGACGAGAGCUGUUGAUUGUCAAGUGGACAACAUUGGGCUUCAAACAUGCUCUCAUUGUGGACAAUCGGUUCAACAUUUACCGAAUUAUCAUUCAAAACAUACUGUUAUAACUGACAAUGUUGUUUGA